AACAGCCAAUUCAUUUGUCGUCUGCAGCAGUGUCAUAGUGUGAUGGUUGUGUUGGUGUAAGAAAUAGCCUAUUUAUACGUUGACACAGGCUAGUUUGAUUGAAUAAUAAAUCUAAAUUAAAAAGCCUAAGCUGAUGGACUUGUUACAUAAAUGUGUUUAAUACAAUUUCUUUAGGCCUUUUUGGAGUUGUUUAUAUGUUGUGUUUAUAAUCUGUGUUGGACACAACUAUAUGUGACUAGUAUAAUUAAUUACAAUCUCAAUAUAUGGUUAGGGCUAUAGAUCUAUCAGUUUGAAUAUAAAUAAAUUUCGGCUUUUUUACCUUUAUCAUGAAUUUUGGUGGAACAGUUCAUCUCAAUCGCAUGGGAGUAUGUGUUGUAUUUGUUUGCUUUCUUAUAGUUGCUUUAUACAUGAUUAGAGAUGUAGAAGAUUCGGAAACAAAGAAACUUCCAACAAUUAAUGUAAGGCAGGUAUUAAUCGCUGCAAUCGAACUUGCACAGAAAGGUGGUGAACAAGUGGUGAAAGCCAGAAAACAAGCAGAUUUGGUGGUGCACAGCAAGGGUAAAACUAAAGAAGGUGCCAAUAAUCCAGUUACAGAAGCGGAUUACAAUUCACACUGCGUUAUGUAUUUUGGAUUAAAGAAAGCUUUUCCGUCUUUACAGAUUAUAUCAGAAGAGGAGUUAUUGGAAAGCAAGUGUGGGCAGUUGUCCUCGCCCAAGCUGACAAUGCAGCCUGACUCUGAGCCGGGACUGGACAGCUUGGUGGAUGAAGAGUUGCCUGUGAGAGACCUCGCAGUCUGGAUUGAUCCUCUGGAUGCAACCCAGGAGUUUACAGAAAACCUGCUAGAUUACGUGACUACUAUGGUGUGCGUGGCUCACAAGGGCAGGCCUCUCAUGGGGGUGAUUCACAAACCCUUUGGAGACCCACCACACACCACCUGGGCCUGGCUUCACCACGGCAUGUCUCCGGAUUUGAUCUCCUACAAGAGUGCUGGUGGUGAAACUGCAGUGAUAGUAUCUCGUUCACACUCUGGAUCGAUAGUGGAGACUGUACAUCGUGCUCUUGGCUCUGACGUUCCCAUCAUCAAAGCUGGGGGCGCCGGUUACAAGGUGUUGCAGGUGGUGGGUGGGAACGCAAGUGCGUACGUCCACACGACAGCUAUCAAGAAGUGGGACUUGUGUGCAGGAGACGCCAUUCUCUCCGCAGUGGGUGGGACAAUGACAACGAUAACCAAUGAGGAGAUCUCGUAUGCAGGAACGUCAGAUCCUGUCAACACUAACGGCGUGUUGGCAACAGCGGACAAACACCAGACGUAUGCGGUGAAGUUUCACAAGGCUUUGGAGAAGGAUUUGCAUCUGUAGUGCAUUCCGAGAAUACAAUCAAAAUAUGUCCAGCGGUGGACGAUUUAGACCCAUCUGUUUGGCCUAUGGUUCUUCAAGACUAAAAGACAUUCAGUUGGUGUCACUCAGAUAGUUUUUUCAUAAUAAAUGUUUGUUAUUUAUAUUUAGAUAAUAUAAAUUAAAUUAUAAAUAGAUAAAAUUUGAGUCAGAUUUAACGAAAAAAGAAAUUAAUUACAAGAAAUGUUUAAACCAGUGUUCACGGGCGUAGCUCAGAAAGUUUAUUCCUAACUAAAUAAUUUAAAUAAAAAAACACGAAAAUCUCUUAAAAAACUCGGAAGCUAUUAAUUUUGGCAACUGCUUUAUUUUUUAAAGUAACUAAAUGAAUAACUACUGGUGUAUGGAUGUUAGUUAAAUAAUUAAAAAUUAAUAUACCAAUAGAUAUAUUUUAUAGAAGUGUUUUUGAAACCAUGGAAAAAUAAAAUAGACUUUCGAACUUUGAAAAAGUAAAACACUUAAUUUUACAGUAGUUAGAUUAAUUUUGUUUGUAAUAGGAGUGUAAAUUGGUACUUAUUGCAAAAAGAUUAAAGCACUAUGGUUUGUAAGUUUCAUCAA